ACAGAGCAGCAAACGAAGAGUCGAAGAGACGAAGAUGCUCCAUUCCUCAAUUCCUCAGUCCGAUUCCUCAAUUUCUCAGCCCGAUUAGGCGAUUUCCGGCUUUCCGAGCUCCGAUUAGGCGAUCCUCACUCCUCAGUCCUCACAAAUUCUGGGCAAACGAAGACGUUGUUGUUGCGAACUUGCGAUAGUUUCAAUUUUCAAAGUUUUAAACCUCGGAAUACUUAUCUAUCAAGAACUCUUAUUGCUCUGUUGACCUAUGGAGGUGUUCCCGCAGAGUAUUUCUUUGAUAUACUGAAUAACACUUUGGAGGAGACACAAAGGUUAUACUCAGAUGAGGUAACAUCACUAAAAGUUGCAGCGAACCAUAGAGAUCGUGAUGAUGCCUCUAUUGCCACGGGUAUGAUAAUGGCUGGAGUACCUCUCUGUGAACCGUAUCUUAGGUGUUGCUUAUCUUCAUUGGCAAAGGAAGAAAGAAAUGGGCUAAAAGGAGGAAAACUUCCUAUCUCUGAUACUUUCUAUUUAAUGGGGACAGCUGAUCCGACGGAUACUUUAAAUCCUAAUGAAGUCUGUGUUAUUCUUGAACACGGACAGAUAUCUGGAGAGGUACUAGUAUACAGGAAUCCCGGACUUCGCAAAAUAGAGUGCAAGCAUUGUGGUCAAGUCAAUAAUGUUAAUCCAAAGAGGAAUGGAACAAUUGGUUUAAGGAAGCAUAUUAAGCAUUGUCUUGCGCGUGUUCCUGAAAUCCGUAUUUAA